UUUCACAUCCUUUCCUCACCUCUUUUCCUUCUUCCUCCUCUCCUUAGUUCCUCCUUCAGCAAAUUCUCCAAUUUUUUUCCUAAGUGAUACUACAUCUUGCCGGUUUUUAAAAGAACCCUCUGAAAACCACCGUUUAUGUCUUGAUUUGGCUAUAAAUCGGUGCCCUAGGAAACCCUUUUGAAUUUCUCCUAUCUCCGCAUACAUCUCCGUUUUUCUCCACAAGAAGAGAAUCCAAAAAAUUAGCGAAGAUUCAAAGCUAGGGUUCCAUUUUGUGUCCGAAGACAGAGAAACGAAAGAGAGAGACAAAAGAUCAUUUAUUUCGAUCCACAACUUCAAGAAACAAACCCAACACUUCCAACAAAAAAAAAGCUCCGUAUGGUUUCAUAAAGAAAUUCCAUAUAAUUCGAGUUGCGCUCAACGCCUUCAACCCAGUAAUAUAGAUUUUGGAUUCACUCUGAAAAUGGGAGAUACUUGGAGUAGAAAAUCAAGAUAAAUCAACGAAAAUGAUUUGGAUAAUCAUCUUGAAGAUUUGAAGGAAAACCUAAAGCUUAAAAACUCCAACAUCGAUCAAUAAUCAUCAUCAUCAUCAUGUAUCAUCCAAACAUGUUCGAGCCUCAACAUCAUAUGUUCGAUAUGACCCCGAAGAUCUCUGAUAACGAUUUGGGUCUUACCGGAAGCCGAGAAGACGAUUUCGAGACUAAGUCUGGUGCAGAAGUCACCAUGGAGAAUCCUUUAGAAGAAGAGCUUCAAGAUCCUAAUCAGCGUCCUAACAAAAAGAAACGUUACCACCGCCACACGCAACGCCAGAUUCAAGAGCUUGAGUCGUUCUUCAAGGAAUGUCCUCAUCCAGACGAUAAGCAAAGAAAAGAGCUGAGUCGCGAGCUAAGUUUAGAACCUCUUCAAGUCAAGUUUUGGUUCCAAAACAAACGCACUCAAAUGAAGGCACAACACGAGAGGCACGAGAACGCGAUUCUAAAGUCAGACAACGACAAGCUUAGAGCAGAGAACAAUAGGUACAAGGAUGCUCUAAGCAACGCAACAUGCCCAAACUGUGGUGGUCCUGCGGCUAUAGGAGAAAUGUCAUUCGAUGAACAGCAUCUGAGGAUUGAAAACGCGCGUCUACGCGAAGAAAUCGAUAGAAUCUCUUCAAUAGCUGCUAAGUACGUAGGGAAGCCACUACUGACUAACUCCACGCCUUUCCCUCAGCUCACAUCUUCACAACACAUUCCCACGCGCUCGCUUGAUCUUGAAGUUGGAAACUUUGGGAACAGUAACAAUAACCAGAUGGGUUUCGUAGGAGAAAUGUAUGGAACAACAAGCGACAUUUUAAGGUCGGUUUCGAUCCAUUCUGAUGCUGAUAAGCCUAUGAUUGUCGAGUUAGCGGUUGCAGCCAUGGAAGAGCUUGUGAGAAUGGCUCAAACUGGUGAUCCCUUGUGGGUUUCUAGCGAUAACUCGGUUGAGAUCCUCAAUGAAGAGGAGUAUUUCAGAACGUUCCCUAGAGGGAUCGGACCAAAACCUAUUGGUUUGAGAUCAGAAGCUUCGAGAGAGUCCACCGUCGUUAUCAUGAACCAUAUCAACCUUGUUGAGAUUCUAAUGGACGUGAAUCAAUGGUCGAGUGUGUUCUGUGGGAUUGUGUCGAGAGCAUUGACGCUAGAAGUUCUCUCAACUGGCGUUGCAGGGAACUAUAACGGGGCACUACAAGUGAUGACAGCUGAGUUCCAAGUCCCAUCACCGCUUGUCCCGACACGUGAGAACUACUUUGUGAGGUACUGUAAACAGCAUAGUGACAACACUUGGGCGGUGGUUGAUGUCUCUUUGGACAGCCUACGACCGAGUCCGAUCACUCGAAGCAGACGAAGACCCUCUGGUUGUCUGAUUCAAGAAUUGCAGAAUGGCUAUUCUAAGGUGACUUGGGUAGAGCAUACGGAGGUGGAUGAUAGAUCGGUUCACACCAUGUAUAAACCGUUGGUUAAUACCGGUUUAGCUUUCGGUGCGAAACGUUGGGUGGCUACUCUUGAUCGCCAAUGCGAGCGGCUCGCAAGUUCGAUGGCCAGCAACAUUCCAGCCGCUGAUCUUUCCGUGAUAACGAGCCCUGAGGGAAGAAAGAGCAUGCUGAAACUGGCGGAGAGGAUGGUGAUGAGCUUCUGUAGCGGAGUCGGCGCGUCGACUGCACACGUAUGGACGACUUUGACCACCACAGGAUCCGACGACGUUCGGGUCAUGACCCGGAAGAGCAUGGAUGAUCCGGGAAGGCCUCCCGGAAUCGUCUUGAGCGCCGCUACUUCUUUCUGGCUCCCUGUGUCUCCAAAACGAGUUUUCGAUUUUCUCAGAGACGAAAACUCCAGAAGUGAGUGGGAUAUACUUUCGAACGGAGGCUUGGUUCAAGAAAUGGCUCAUAUCGCAAAUGGUCGUGAUCCUGGAAACUGUGUCUCCUUGCUCCGUGUCAAUAGCGUGAACUCUGGACAGAGCAACAUGUUGAUCCUACAAGAAAGUUGUACGGACGCAUCAGGAUCGUAUGUAAUAUACGCACCAGUCGACACAAUGGCUAUGAAUGUGGUCUUGAGCGGCGGAGAUCCGGAUUAUUUCGCUUUGUUACCAUCCGGGUUCGCUAUAUUGCCCGAUGGCUCUGUAAGAGAAGGAGGAAACGCUAGUGUCGGAGCUGAAGGAGGAGGAGGAGGAGAAGGAAGUAAUCUCGAUUUGGUUACUUCUACCGCAAGUAACUGCGGUUCACUACUCACAGUAGCGUUUCAGAUACUUGUUGACUCUGUUCCAACCGCAAAACUCUCUCUCGGCUCAGUGGCUACAGUCAACAGUCUCAUCAAAUGCACCGUCCAGCGGAUCAAAGCUGCCCUGGCCUGCGACGGAGCCUGAUCAAAGUUUUUUCAAGAAGGAUUAGGGGAGGCAAAAAGAGGAGGAGGUUUAGGAGUUUUUUCGUGGUAAUAUCUAUUUCUUGGUUUUUUAAAUAGUCUUUUGAGAUCCUCCAAAGGAAGUCAAGAACGCACCUUUUUGCGUUUAGUCUCAUACCGCGUUUGUUCGCGGGCGGGCCAAAGAAAAAAAAAAGAGGCUCGAGUAUGAAAGGGUAAAGAGGUUCGGGUAUUGACUUCUGCUGGAAACCAAAAAAAAAAAAGAAGAAGAAUCGGUUUGUUGUGGUUCAGGCGGUUUUGCGUUUUAUCUGUUAUUAUUUUAUCAUUCACUAGCGAACAUUUUAGCGUUUUGUGUUUUGCGUUUUGCUUCUACUGUCAAAGACUCAAAGUGUAUGCUCCGCUAUUCCUUGUUAAUUAUUAAGCUACUCUA